AUGUUUCCUAGGAAGUAUAGUUCUGGAAAUGAAAAGAGAAAGAAGAGGAUGAAAGUAGAACAAUUAAUUCAAUCUCAAUCGGGAGCACUUGAUAAAUAUUUUGGUACCAAGAAACAAGUAGAUAUUUUGGGUUCAAAUGACAAUGAUGAUGAAGAUUUGGUAAUUGAAGAGCCUACUCAUUGUGUGAGUAAUAAUGAGAAUGAUGAUUUGGUGAUUGAACAACCUAGUGAACAUAUGAAUGAGAAUGAGAAUGAAGAUUUGGGGAAUGUAGAAUCUAAUGAAAGUGAAGAUGUGAAUGUUGAAUGUGGACCUCUAAACAUUUAUGACCCUAGUAAUUGGGACAAGAUUGAUCAAAAUUUAAGGGAUUUACUAGUUGAAAGAGGUCCCAUAAGAGGUAAUGGUGUGAAUUUUCCCCUAGAUGACAAAGAUAGGCAUUUUUCUUCUACAUUUUACAUGCGACAGUUACAAAAUGGAGAGAAGCAGGAUAGAAAGUGGCUAGUAUAUUCAGAUGCUUCAGACAAAGUGUUUUGCUUUUGUUGCAAGUUGUUUAAGCAAGAUGGGAACAAUAUUCAUUUGGCUACUGACCUAGUUAUACUGGAGGUUGCUUUCCAUCUUCGACAUUGA